AUGACCGACGAAAUCUCCCACGACCAUUACCACGAGCGCGGGGAUUCCUGCCCGGGCUUGGAGAAGAUUGAAUGCAACCACACCCACACGCCCCUCCAAACCUCCGAAAACAUCGAAGCACACCUGAAAGAUCUCGAUGCUCGAGUCCAAGCGCUUCUGAAGGAAGUCCAGGUCGCGCAUGUGAGUGCGUCCGCCGCUCUCAACGUCGCUGUGAACUUGCGGGACACGGGGGAUGAGAGUGAUGGGGAGACUGUGAGGCUACUGAAGAAAGAGGGUCAGAGGUUGGAUGAGGAGACGGAGAGGUUCGGGAAUGUGUAUAAAGCGUUGGUGGAGGAAAGUCUAGAGAUUAGGGGGAGGGUUGAUAUGGGGGAUCCGAGCGUUAUGAGGCAUAUUAAUGUAGAGGAGGAUAUGGUGGGGGUGUUGAGGGUUAGGCUUGAGGAGUUGGAGUUGGAGGUGGGGAGGGUUGGGGGUGUUGUGGCGGGGUUGAUGGUGUUUGUGAAGGAUGGGUGA